AUGUCCGUUGAAGAAGCAGGUAAAAGGAAAUCCAAGGCCAUAGCUCAGCUGGACCUACACAAAGGGGCACCAUCGCCAGAGAAUAACAGCCAACAAAAACAAGGUCCACCCAAGGAGUCUUGGAGCCAGCCGGUUAUGAAUAACACUAGCAACAAGGACAAAGGGAAAGACAUUAUAACCCUAUUGGGGGAUGUGGGAGGUGCCAUGGAGGUUCCACAACCUGGGAAAAGCCUACCCCAAGUGGGAAAUAUGGAUGCCAACAGCAGCAGUGCCAUCAAGUCUGUUAACAACCAGUGUCCAAAUGGGCCAGAAGAUGAAACCCAGUCCCCUAACAAAUUUGGAAGUUUAAAUUUGGAAGGAGGGGAAAUUGUUGUGGAUUUAUCCCCAGUCCCUUGUACUAAUAGUGGUGACACUGCUAUUAACAUGAGACAAGUGAAUGAGGUUGUAUCCAUUGGGCAUGAACCUGAGGUUGAGAACUUGCCUGAAGGGGAACAUAAAAAGAAGAAGGGAACUCAACAAUACCAGGUGUGCUGCAAAUUGAAGAAAAUCAAGGAUUCCUUCAAGGCAAAGAGCAGAGAGCUUGGUGAUAUUUCAGAGAGGGCGAAGGAAGCAAAAGAGGCCGUGGAAAACUGCCAGAGAAGGUUAGCUACUGAUCCACUUAACAAUAACCUGAGACUUGAGGAGAAGCAACCUCUUGCCACCUACUCAACUGCUGCUAGAAAUGAGGAUUCCUUCCUUAAACAGAAAUCCUUCCUAUUUCUUGCUGCAAU